GAGAGAGAGAGAGAAAGAAGAAGUCACUGUGUAACUGUGCUGGGACCUUCAGAAAUUCUAAUGAUGAAAGACAGCAUGCGGGCCCUCACUUCCCCUUUCUGCACAGUGCAGGCCUGGGCGCCCGCCACCAGACGGGAGCAGUCCUCCCUGGGGAGCCCAAAGCAAACAUGGAUCAAGAAGCCGUGGGCAACAUCGUCCUGCUGGCCAUCGUCACCCUCAUCAGCGUGGUCCAGAACGGGUUCUUUGCCCACAAGGUGGAGCAUGAAAGCAAGACACACAAUGGGCGGAGCUUCCAGAGGACGGGAACACUUGCCUUUGAGCGGGUCUACACUGCCAACCAAAACUGUGUCGAUGCGUACCCCACUUUCCUUGUCGUGCUCUGGACUGCGGGGCUCCUGUGCAGCCAAGUUCCCGCUGCCUUUGCUGGACUGAUGUACCUGUUCGUGAGGCAAAAGUACUUCGUCGGCUACCUGGGGGAGAGAACUCAGAGCACGCCAGGCUACAUAUUUGGGAAACGAAUCAUACUGUUCCUGUUCCUCAUGUCCCUUGCUGGUGUAUUCAACUAUUACCUCAUCCUCUUUUUCGGAAGUGACUUCGAGAACUACAUAAAGGCAGUAAGCACCACCAUCUCCCCACUGCUUCUCAUCCCCUGACUCUUCUCUGAAGGCAGGGUCGGCGCUCUCACUGGAUCAAUACCGAAAGUCGUCAUAACUCAGCCCUUGCAAAGCUGUAGCUCCUCUUCAGACAGCUGUAAAUCUAAUGGCCAUCUGGGCUCCACAGCUUGAGUUAACCGUGUUUUCCCUGGAAGAAAAUACCUUUGUGUCCGCCCCGCCCCUUGAGAAUGGCAGUGGUCCCGUUAUCUCUUAUUCUGACCAGUUACUGUAUGUUUCUUGACUUAGCCGGCUUUCUGAAGAUGUUUUGUGGCCUCACUUGUGUGUUCCUAAAAUAAAAUGCAGAGGCAUGUUUUAGGCUG